AUGAGCUAUAGAGCCGAACCUCUACAGGUCUAUUUGCGUGGUGGGAGAGGAUCCUUUGAAGGUACAGUCCAGGUUCGCUACCAAGGUGUAUACGGUACAGUGUGUGACGAUGACUGGGAUUUAGAUGACGCCCACGUCGUUUGUCACACAUUGGGGUAUCCACGUGCUUCUGCUUAUUACACCAACGCAACCUUUGGCGAAGGCACAGGGGAAAUUAUCAUGGAUAAUGUGAAUUGCACGGGAUCUGAGUCAAACAUCGCCUUCUGUCAACACAAUGGUUACCUAUCCCACAACUGUGAGCAUCGUCAAGAUGCAGGAGUCACGUGUGACGGCAUUGUUAACGCCUAUUUGAGAGACGGGAGCAGCAGCAGAGAAGGUCGGGUCGAGGUCUACUAUCAAGGAUCACGGGGUACCGUUUGCGACGAUGGCUUUGGUAUGACUGAUGCGCAUGUAGUUUGUAGAAUGCUAGGUAAUACCUUCGCGGAAUCCUUUUCGUGCUGUGCGGCAUUCGGCCAAGGAACUGGGGACAUUCUCCUGGAUAAUCUCCAAUGUACGGGAGACGAAGUGACGAUUGGACAUUGUAUGCAGAAUCCAUUUGCAACACGCAUCUGUGGACACAGUGAAGACGUAGGAGUAACGUGCAUUAAACUUCCCGUGCGUCUUGUUGACGGAGCUUCAGCCAAUGAAGGGCGAGUCGAGGUGAACUACCAAGGAUCAUGGGGUACAAUCUGUAAUGACUCUUGGGAUAUCAAAGAUGCUACCGUUGUUUGUCGAAUGCUGGGUUAUACUGGAGUCUCUUCUGCAAUGGUGCGCUUCGGAGAAGCCACAGGUGAUAUCAUCCUCGACAACGUCGGAUGUUACGGGUCAGAAACGCACAUCGCACAAUGCACACAUGGCGGCUACGAGAUCCAUAACUGCGAGCAUUCUGAAGACGUUGGUGUUAUAUGCAGCGGAAAAGCUGAACUCAAGGUUCGCCUCGCAGACGGUCCGGAUGAGAGCCAAGGUCGUGUUGAAUUAUUCUACUUCGGGUCAUGGGGUACCGUCUGUAGUUCCAACUGGACCCCAUUGGACUCGGAAGUGGUCUGCAGAAUGUUAGGAUUCGUCGGGGCUAUAGCAUAUUCAACCAACGCAGCAUACGGACGUGGGACAGGGGAAGUAAUACUACGUUGGCCGAGAUGCUCUGGAAAAGAAUCGAAUCUUCUUGAGUGUGAUCGUUAUUUUGAUUUGGGUCACACUUAUUGUGGACAUACAUCCGAUCUCGGAGUUUCAUGCUUAAAAAUGGAUGAUCUCCGGGUGCGUUUGGUCGGCGGAAGAUCUGAAAACGAAGGCCGUGUUGAGAUUCUAUACCUUGGUACUUGGGGGACAGUGUGUGAUGACAACUGGGGCCAAAAUGAUGCCAACGUGGUUUGCAGAAUGCUCGGCUACGAACGGGCGGAGAACUUCUCCUGUUGCGCUGCCUUUGGACUAGGAUCUGGACCUAUUGUUCUGGAUGAAGUGGAAUGCGAGGGUACAGAACCAAACAUAGGCCAUUGUCGAAGAAGUGACUACGAAACCCAUGACUGCGACCACUCGGAGGAUGUUGGUGUCUUAUGCAUCGAAAAUGGUAAUUGUUGUUUAAACACGUAG